AUGAAUUUUCUGGCAUGCAUUAUUAUACUGGUGACGGUGUACACAGAGACAAAGGCUCUGGCUAAGCAUGAUAUGGAAAAAGAAUUGAGAGCUCUCUCAAAUGAUGUUGACCAUCUUAAAAAAGCAGGAAAAGGGCAAGCAGAGGUUAUCAAACAACUUCAGAAUAUUGUUGAAAUACAAGCUGCCAGGAUGUCCAUGCUCAGUGAAAUUUUACAAAACCAAAGACAAGUUAAGCUCCAAGCGCGAGAGAGAGAAAGAACUUACAACAACAAACCCGCUAUACAAAACCAUGUCGAGGAACGAGGGGAUUUGACUCGAAAAUAUCGACUACUUUCUCCAGUACCCACACAAUCAAUACCUGAAGAAACGAUAGCCUUUUACGCCUACAUGUCGGCCGAUAUGAAUGGAAUAGGAAGUCAUCACACUCUCGGCUUUGAUGUUGUUAAAACUAACGAAGGCAACGGAUUCCAUGGAAAUACCGGUGUUUUCAAUCCUCCUAAGAGCGGACUUUAUGUAUUCUCCUGGACGCUUAGAGUAGUGAAAGGUGCCCAUCACUCAGUUGAGUUGGUUGUUAACCAUGAUGUAGUUGGCUCCACCUAUCAUAUUGAAAACUACAGCUUUGAUCAGGGUGGUGCGACUGUAGUUAUUUUCUGUAACAAGGGUGAUGAUAUUUAUUUAAGAACGGGAGCAAAUUAUAAUGUUGGUCCUAUCACAAGUGAGGAGAGAGGAAGGAGUUCCUUUGCUGGUUGGAAACUUUGAAUUUAUUUAGUAGAUUCACGUAUUCAUGUUACUGUUUUACAAUAUGUAUCAUUUUGUCAAAUCAGAUUUUUCUGUUAAAAAAUUUAAUACACUGAAGAAGUGAGACAGUUUCCUUGAGAAAUAUACAUGUCUUUUCUAUAUGUAUUUUGAACACGAAAAUAUAAUGAGUUUUCGGGCGCCACCAUUUAGAUGA